AUGGCAAACCAACCCUUCAAAGUCAUUGUGAUUGGCGGCGGGCCUACUGGGCUAACAGCUGCCCAUGCGUUACACCUAGCCAACAUCGACUUUGUCGUCCUGGAACGCAGAGAUGAUGUCAUUGUCGAUGUUGGUGCCAGCCUUAUUCUCGGAGCACAUGCCAUGCGAAUAAUGCAACAGCUCGGUCUACUUGACAAGCUGCUUUCGAUCGGACAGAGAGUGCUGAACAACAAAUCUUUCACUAAGGAUGGCAAGAAGUUCGCAGACGGCACGUCCGUCCAGAUCGUCAAGGAGAACUUCGGCCUCGAGCCCAUCGCAUUCCACCGCGCCGAACUCGUACAAGCCCUGCUCGAAGGCCUUCCCGACGAAGCAAGAAAGAAAUACUAUGUCGGUCAGAAAGUGGUCGACAUCGCAACAACCGAAACCGGCGUCGUAGUCACCUGCGCGAACGGCACGACGUUCAGCGGAUCGAUGGUCCUUGGAGCCGACGGGGUACACAGCCAAACACGCAAGAUCAUGCACAAGCUCUCAGCAGAAGACCGCUUCUCAGCCUGCCGCAACCCGGAACCGCCGUUCUCCGCCCACUACCGUUGUCUAUGGUCCAACAUCCCGCGGCCAUGCGCAGCUGGUCUGGGAAACAACACACAGGGCAAAGACCGCUCUCUCAUGUGGAUUACUGGCCGUGAACGCGCUUGGUUGUUGCUGUACGAAAAGCUGCCAGAACCGACUCAGGAGCCGAAGCGAUAUACAAAGGAAGAGAUGGACGAGUUCGCUGCUAGCUUCGCGGACUGGCCCGUCAACGACGAUCUAAAGGUCAAAGAUAUCUACGAUAGCUCGACCGCGGGCAUGUCGAAUCUAGACGAAGGGGUACUGGAUCAUUGGAGCUUGGGACGUAUAGUUCUCGCCGGCGACGCAUGUCACAAGUUCACGCCAAAUGCCGGACUGGGAUUUACCAACGGCAUUCAAGACGUCGCAUUGCUCUGCAACCUACUCCACAAUGCGACGAAGUCAAGUGCAGGUUCCGAUUUUGGCCUCGACGAACUCCAACAAAUCUUCCAGGAAUACCAAUCUUCGCGGAAAGAGCCAACUGCGUUCGACUUUGGUGUAUCCGCUGCCGCAACUCGCAGCCACGCCUGGGCUACGCCGAUAUACUGGUUUGUGGGCAGGUUUAUCUACCCGCUCUACGCUUUCCAGUGGCUUCUGAUGAAGUAUGUUGUUGCUCCGCGCAUGAAGCAAAGUAGGGUGUUGGACUACGUCUUUGGCGAGGACCGUAUCCAAGGCCGCAUUCCAUGGGCCUAUCCUAUCCACACGAAAAGCAAGGAGCUGUAA